AGCGGCAGCCCAAGCCCCGCUCCAGCGCUCGUGGAUUCCUGGAUGUUGGAGUAGCGAGGGCGGACGAGGAGCCGGCUCAGGAAUGCAGCGGCAGCUCCGGCCGGGCGGCUGGGAGAGCAAGAGCAGCCCUCUCCUGCUCCAGCUGCUCUUGUGGCUGCACACGCGGAGCCUGGCGGAACCCGCAGCCCAAGGAACAAAUGUGUCAACUGCUGUUGAUUUAAUGCCUACAGCAUCAUGGAACACAUCAAGUGAACUAGACAAAGAUUAUUUCUUGACACUUGAUGAGCCUAUGAACAAUAUCACCACUACUCUAGGCCAGACGGCAGAACUUCAUUGUAAGGUUUCUGGUAAUCCUUCUCCAACUGUGCGCUGGCUGAAAAAUGAUGCUCCCGUUGUGCAAGAACCCAGAAGGAUAUCUUUUCGUGCAACAAGCUAUGGGUCUCGACUACGAAUAAGAAACCUUGAUACUACAGACACCGGCUACUUUCAGUGUGUGGCAUCGAAUGGCAGGAAGACUGUUUCUACAACUGGGGUACUGUUUGUGAAAUUUGGUCCUCCUCCAACAGCAAGCCCAGGCACAUCUGAUGAAUAUGAAGAGGAUGGAUUUUGUCAGCCAUACAGAGGAAUUGCAUGUGCAAGGUUUAUUUUAAACCGAACCAUUUAUAUGGAGUCUCUGCAUAUGCAAGGUGAAAUAGAAAAUCAGAUUACUGCUGCCUUCACUAUGAUUGGAACCUCCAGUCAUCUAUCUGAUAAAUGUUCCCAGUUUGCUAUUCCUUCCCUGUGCCAUUACGCUUUCCCAUAUUGUGAUGAGACUUCUUCAGUUGCAAAACCACGGGACCUCUGCCGCGAUGAGUGUGAAAUUCUGGAAAAUGUUCUCUGCCAAACCGAGUAUAUCUUUGCAAGAUCCAACCCUAUGAUUCUGAUGCGCUUAAAGCUACCUAAUUGUGAAGAUCUACCACAGCCUGACAGUCCUGAGGCUAUAAACUGUAUCCGCAUUGGCAUCCCUAUGGCAGAUCCAAUCAAUAAGAAUCACAAAUGUUAUAACAGCACAGGAGCAGACUACCGAGGGACCAUGAGUGUCACAAAAUCUGGUCGACAGUGCCAGCCGUGGAAUUCCCAAUAUCCACACACACACACAUUCACUGCUCUCAGAUAUCCAGAGCUAAAUGGGGGCCAUUCCUACUGCCGCAAUCCAGGGAAUCAGAAGGAGGCUCCAUGGUGCUUCACUCUAGAUGAAAACUUUAAAUCGGAACUCUGUGACAUUCCAGCUUGUGACACAAAGGACUCCAAGGAAAAGAACAAAAUGGAAAUCCUCUAUAUAUUGGUGCCAAGUGUUACAAUUCCCUUGGCUAUUGCCUUACUGUUUUUCUUCAUCUGUAUUUGCCGGAACAACCAGAAGUCUUCCUCCCCUCCAGUACAAAGACAACCUAAGCAUGUCAGAGGGCAGAAUGUAGAAAUGUCUAUGCUAAAUGCAUACAAACCAAAGAGCAAAGCUAAAGAACUGCCUCUUUCUGCUGUCCGUUUUAUGGAAGAGUUGGGUGAAUGUGCUUUUGGCAAAAUCUACAAGGGACAUCUUUAUCUACCAGGCAUGGACCAUGCUCAGCUGGUUGCAAUAAAAACUCUUAAGGACUGCAACAAUCCACAACAGUGGGCAGAGUUCCAGCAAGAAGCUUCUUUGAUGGCAGAGUUGCAUCAUCCCAACAUUGUUUGCCUUCUUGGGGUUGUGACUCAAGAGCAACCUGUCUGCAUGCUUUUUGAGUACAUGAAUCAAGGAGACCUCCAUGAAUUUCUUAUUAUGCGAUCACCACAUUCAGAUGUUGGUUGUAGCAGUGAUGAGGAUGGCACUGUAAAAUCCAGCUUAGAUCAUGGGGAUUUCUUGCACAUAACAGUCCAGAUUGCAGCAGGGAUGGAAUAUUUAUCAAGCCAUUUUUUUGUCCAUAAGGAUUUGGCUGCUCGCAAUAUUUUAAUCGGAGAACAGCUCCACGUGAAGAUUUCUGAUCUGGGAUUGUCAAGAGAAAUAUACUCAGCAGAUUAUUUCCGAGUUCAAAAUAAAUCCCUCUUGCCCAUUCGUUGGAUGCCCCCAGAGGCAAUUUUGUAUGGUAAAUUCUCUUCUGAUUCAGACAUCUGGUCCUUUGGCGUUGUCCUGUGGGAGAUUUUCAGCUUUGGUCUUCAGCCCUAUUAUGGAUUUAGUAACCAAGAAGUCAUAGAAAUGGUUAGGAAACGGCAACUUUUACCAUGUUCUGAAGACUGCCCUCCCAGAAUAUACAGCUUGAUGACAGAAUGCUGGCAUGAGCUACCAUCUCGGAGACCAAGAUUUAAAGAUAUCCAUGUCAGGCUGCGCUCUUGGGAGGGGCUGUCAAGUCACACUAGUUCUACUACACCUUCCGGUGGAAAUGCUACCACUCAAACAACUUCUCUGAGUGCAAGCCCAGUUAGCAACCUAAGUAACCCUAGAUACCCUAACUACAUGUUCCCAACCCAGGGUAUACCACAAGGCCAAAUUGCUGGAUUUAUUGGCCCACCAAUACCUCAAAAUCAAAGAUUUAUUCCUAUUAAUGGAUAUCCAAUUCCUCCUGGAUAUGCUGCUUUUCCAGCUGCCCACUACCAGCCUGCAGGCCCACCAAGGGUAAUUCAACACUGUCCUCCACCAAAGAGCCGUUCACCAAGCAGUGCAAGUGGAUCAACCAGCACCGGUCAUGUGACUAGCUUGCCAUCUUCAGGAUCCAAUCAGGAUGCAAAUAUUCCUUUGCUCUCUCAUAUGUCAAUGCCAAAUCAUCCAAGUGGGAUAAGUAUAACCGUUUUUGGAAACAAAACUCAAAAACCCUACAAAAUUGACUCCAAACAGGUGUCUUUAUUAGGGGAUUCCAAUAUUCAUGGACAUAAUGAGACUGUAAUUUCAGCAGAGAUGUAAAUAAAUAAGCCCUUUGUAAAUAAAACUAUUUACAAUAUGGACUAGAAUGUUUUAGAGGAGAUUUAUAUUCAAAUAUUUUAUUGGAGAUUCUUCUGGCUGUAUAAAGAGAUAUUUGCAAUAAGUAUCUUCUGUGAAGUUUAUUUGUGUGUAACAGGAUAAAGAGUUGCCAAGCAGAUGUUUUUUUAAAAAAAUGUAGCUAACACUCAACAUUGUGGGUGUACACCUAUUUUGCAGAUAUUAAGGGGGGAAAUAAUUGUGUGAUUAUUAUUUUUUAAAGAAACUUAACUGUGACAUUUUAUUUAAUCACAGUUCUUUAAUCACAGCAACUUCUGUCUGAACAACCUUAUUCUUCUGAACACUUAUUUUAAUAUUUGUCAUUUUUAUGAAUGAAUGUGGGAUGGUGGCCAAAUGUUUAGAACAAUUAAUUGUAUUCCUGUAGAAUGGAAGUUUCACUCUUAGUUGGUCUUGUGUGAUAUGGGAGCAUCUCAAAACAAGGCAUACACAAAUACCUGAUCCAUUAAGCUAGGAUGAAGCCAAACACAGUGUCAAAUUUCCUUUAUCCCAUUCUGAAGGCACAUAUUGGGCAUUGACGUGACUGUGGGGGUUUGCUUUUUUCUCUAACUACAUCCACAUAAUCAGGAACAAAGUGGGUAUGCAAUAUCAACUUAAAAUGAGAGAGAUGUUUGUAUCCUCUUUUUUUUUUUUUUAGAGAAAAUGUUGUAUUCUGUUUUGACCUUUGAUAGGUAGAUAAAUUAUUUUAACUAAACUGUUUCUAUCUAGUGAUAAGUGUAAGUUCAUGCAUAAACUCAAAAUGCAUAAUUUUCUGUUAAAGCAUAACACAAUAGCAGGCAGUACUACAACCAAGAGACACUUAGAAUCCAAGAACCAUUGUGGAAAUACAUAUAAUAAAUGAGUGAAUAUUUUGUAUUUCUUGACUUUAUAUCUGUAGUUGCAAUAGACUUUUGUAACCCUUUGUUGCUAUGCAACCCUUUAAAGAAAACUUUAAAUUCUAAUUUUAUAAUAAAUGGACAAUCAGUUUUCCCAAGAAUAUUUAUUAUUUCAGUAAAAUAAAUAGCUUUUGUAGUAUUAACCCUGAAACAGGAAAUCUACAUUCCAUCAGAUGUACACAACAAUUUUCUAGAAAUUGUCUAUGAUAACUUUUGUAUGUCAUUUCAAAUAAUGUGAAUUAGAAUUAACUUUUUACUAGAAAAUAUGGCAUUUGUAUUACUGAAAUUUAUUCAGGUAUAAUCAAUCUGGAUUAUUUUGAAACCACUGUAAUGUUUGAAAAAAUACUGUGUAAAUUGCAACUGCUCAUACUUUUUUUAUUAUAAUAGAUUUUCUAUGGAUUAUACACACACAAUCUUUCAAACACUUGACAGUAUUUUUUUCAAUAUCUUUUGCACAACAUUGUUUUUGUUUUGUAUAGCAGAAUUGAAAAAAUAGAUCCUGCUUUUUAUUUCUUGGUCUGUUUCUUUUCUUUUCUUUUACUAGAUGGGGAUGGCUUGAAAAUAUAUCAUGAUAUUCAGUCACUGUUUUGAUAUAUAUAUCGUUGUUUUCAGUGCAUGCAUUUAAUUACUGUAUUACUUUAUUGUUCUGCUCGUUAAGGCUGUUGCACUAAGGUAAGCAUGGAAAUAUAAUAACACAGGCUGUUUUAUACAGAAGCUAAGUGCAUUUUUGUAAUUCAGAUUUUAGAGUGAUAUUAAACACUGAUUAUUAUAUGCUGCUGGUUAUUAAAA